AUGUCCUUCGCCCUCGCCGCGCUUGCCGCGUGCGCCUUUGCUGCCGACGCCCAGGACACUAUUUCUUACGACGCCACCGUCUACAUCACCUCGACCAUUACUCGCGUCAACACCAUCACCGCCAGCAGCUACCCCACCGGCGCUCCGGCCAUCAACGUCACCUCGACCAUCUCGGCCAUCCACCCUACCUUUGCGCCUUCGUACAACGCUGGCAACGCAACCGCCCUCGCCGCCCCCACCGCCUCUGCCCCCUCCGCCUCCCUCCCCGGCGCUUCCUCCCCGGCCGUGUCCAAGCCAGCCGCUUCCAAGGCUCCCGAGUUCCCCGGCGCUGCUGCUUCCCUCCACGCCAACGCCUACCUCGCCAUUGCUGCCGCCGGUCUCGGCUACCUCGUCCUCUGA